AUGGAUCUCGCCGACAGCUUUCGCAUCGUCAACCUCGCGGUUGCGGUGCUUAUGAUACUGGGGGGUAUCGCGCAGUUCUUUCCGAGCGGGUUCAAGGAGAUUGUUGUUGGUGUUUAUGUCAUUAUCUUCGGCUUGGCGACCGGAUUGCUUGAGUUCCGCAUCCCUCCGCAGGUUUCGCGAUACGCCUCGUUCCUAUUCUCGUUCAUCGGCCGUGGUGUUUUCUACAUCUUCAUCGGUUGCAUUAUCCUCGACCACGAUCACACCCUCCGAAUCAUUGAUGGGUCUAUCAUCGGCUUGAUUGGUGUCGCCUACGUCGUCCUCGAGUUCAUCCCGUCUAUUGAGCCGCCCGCGAACAUGAGGGAGGCGGAUGCUGGCUGGGGUGCCGAGCAGGUUUAA